GAUUCCCUGUAUAAUUUCUGAUAGAACUAAAAUCAAAAGUCUCCACAAACUAAUUUCUCUCCAGACUGUACACUCACCGUUUACUUAUUGACGGAGUGAAUGAAUGAUUGCGAAAUUACUGCCAUCGCUUUUAUUUUGAAAAGCCGUUCGUGCAUGCGCUCUAAACAGAUUCAUACUACAAAACCACGUAAGAACUGGCUUUACCUCCAGUAGUGGAUCUACUUUAGGAUUCAGAAACACAGCUCUUUACCAGCUGAUGACCCAGUGUCUUCAUCAGAAAAAAAUCAGGAUGAAAACGUCGUUGUUGCUGCUUCUCUUGUGUCAUGUUUCAUCAUCAGUGAAACACUCCCUGAACUUUUACAUCACUGCGGACUCUGGAGCCCCAAACCUCCCAGGGUUCAUGGCUGCUUUAUUCAUCGAUGACGUCCAGGUGACUUACUGUGACAGCAGCAACAAGACAUUAGAACCAAGACAGGACUGGGUGAAAAAAGUGUUUGACGAAAAUCCUGAACUCUGGAAAUGGUACACGGAGCAGUGUUUUGAGAUUCUUCCUCCCCUCUUCAAAAGCAGACUGGACAGUUUGAUCCAGGUCUUCCACGACGAUGAAGAUCCAGGUCUUCACGUUGCACAGACUAUUGAGGGCUGUGUAUGGAAUGAAACGUCUGGAAAUAUCACUGGUUUUUCAUGGCUUGGUUAUGAUCGAAGAGACUUCAUUAAACUGAGUUCGACGCCUUGGAAAACAAAGGCAAUAAUUUACGAUCUGCAGUUGCUCACUGAGACUUACCCCGAGCAUCUGAAGUUGUUUUUGAAGUAUGGGAACAGCUCUCUGCUGAGAACAGACGUCCCCUCAGUGUCUCUCCUCCAGAAGACUCCCUCCUCUCCAGUCAGCUGCCACGCUACAGGUUUCUACCCUGACAGAGCCAUGAUGUUCUGGAGGAAAGAUGGAGAGGAGAUUCAUGAAGGAGUGGAACAUGGAGAGAUCCUCCCCAACCAUGAUGGAUCCUUCCAGAUGAAUGUUGACCUGAACAUUUCAUCAGUCUCACCUGAAGACUGGAGGAGGUACGACUGUGUGUUUCAUCUCUCUGGUGUGGAGGACGACAUCAUCACCAAACUGGAUGAAACACAGAUCAGAACCAACUGGGCUAAGAAGCCCAGUAAUGAGGCCUCAACCAUCAUCAUCGUUGGAGUAGUUUUUGUUCUCAUUCUCGCAGCUGCUGGAUUCAUCCUUUAUAAAAAAAAACAACAAUUCGGAGCGGCUGAUCACGUCUGCUGGGCUUUAUUAUGUUUUGUAGAAAGCAAGAUGAACAGACUAUGUGUUUUUUACCUCUUCUGUCACUUUGCAUCUCCAGUGAAACACUCCCUGCAGAUUUUCGUCAGUGCAUCUUCUGGGAUAACAACCUUCCCAGAGUUUGUGGGAGUAGCACUAGUGGAUAGUGUUCAGGUGGGUUACUGUGACAGCAACAUAGGGAGAGCUGAACCCAAACAGGACUGGGUGAAGAAAUUAUUGAAAGAUGACCCACAGCACUUGGAGUGGUACACUCAGAGGUUUUUCGGGAAACAGGAUUUCUUUAGAGCCAACAUUGAUGAUUUGAAGCGGCGCUUAAACCAAACUGGAGAUGUUCAUGUCCUUCAGAAGAUGAAUGGCUGUGAAUGGGAUGAUGAGACUGGUGAUAUCACAGGUUAUAAUCAGUAUGGUUAUAAUGGAGAAGACUUCAUUGCACUGGACUUCCAGACACUGUCAUGGACUGCACCAAAACCACAGGCUCUCACCACCAAACUGAGAUGGGACACUGAUAAAGCUAGACUAGAAUCUAAUAAAAUCUAUUACAUCAACACGUGCCCUAACUUCCUGCAGAAGUAUGUACGCUAUGGGAGAAGCUUUCUUCAGAGAACAGACGUCCCCUCAGUGUCUCUCCUCCAGAAGACUCCCUCCUCUCCAGUCAGCUGCCACGCUACAGGUUUCUACCCUGACAGAGCCUUGAUGUUCUGGAGGAAAGAUGGAGAGGAGAUUCAUGAAGGAGUGGAACAUGGAGAGAUCCUCCCCAACCAUGAUGGAUCCUUCCAGAUGAAUGUUGACCUGGACAUUUCAUCAGUCUCACCUGAAGACUGGAGGAGGUACGACUGUGUGUUUCAUCUCUCUGGUGUGGAGGACGACAUCAUCACCAAACUGGAUGAAACACAGAUCAGAACCAACUGGGUGAAGCCCAGUAACAAGACCUCCACCAUCAUCAUCUCUGCAGUGGUUGUUGUUGUUGUUGUUGUCGUCGUUGCAGCAGCUGCUGGAUUCAUGGUUCAUAGAAAGAAACAAGACCAAAAGGCUCCACUUAAUAGUGAAGACAGCUCUGAGCUCUCUGUGAGACUGAAUCCAGAAACCUCCUCCCAACCUUCCAGAGAUCCAGUAGUUACAGAAAAUGAAUGAAUUAUAGUAAGAACAACUGAAUGGAUGGAUGACGCCCUACUUUAUGUGCUACACACAUACAGCCACCUGGAGAAAGCUGGUGCAUCUGUAAGAAUUUUACUUUUUGAUUUUUCCAAUGCAUUUAAUUCUAUCCAGCCACAUAUUUUAGUUAAGAAAUUGCUUGAUUGGAAUCUAAAUAGCUGUACUGCCCAAUGGGUUAUGGACUACCCACAUGUAGACCCCAGUUUGUGGAAGUUGGGUAAUGAGUUAUCUAAAACUAUUUUAACAAACACAGGGGCACCACAAGGUACUGUUUUAUCUCCUUUUUUAUUCACUUUGUACAUAUCAGACUGUAGGUCAAGCUUGUUGUCGGACGGCCAUCUACAAAACUUUUAUAGGCUACAUCACUGGAGACAACCAUAUGGUGUGAUGAUAACCACCUCAUUUUAAACUUAAACAAGACAAAAGAACUUGUCAUCAAUUUCAGAAGAAAAAAAGGCACCAGUCACUCUGUCUCCCAUUAUAAGUACCUUGGCAUCCUUGUGGAUGACAGGCUGGACUGGAAAGAGAACAACACCUGUGCCAUUUUUACAAGCUAGGAAGCUACGGUCAUUCGAUGCUAGCAGGCCACUUUUGAAUGUUUUUUUUUCAUAGUAUUUUAGCUAGUGUGAUUUUUUAUGCUGUUGUCUGCUGGGGACGGGGGUUAAAGUCUGAGGACAGACACAGGAUCAACAAAGAUAUAAAAAAAGCAGGAUCUAUCAUCGGUUUUGCCUCCUGACUCUUUAGAGGUGGUCAUGGAGAAGAGGGUGGGUAGGAAACUCAGGUGUAUCCUGCACAAUGAGGGCCACCCACUCUAUGUUUUUCAAUGAACUGAAGAGUUCUUUUAGUAACAGACUGGUGAUGCCUAGAUGUUCCUCAGAGAGAUUCAGGAGGUCUUUUGUACCUGGUGCAGUGAAGUUUUUUAAUGAACAUUGUUGUUGAUUGUUGUUGAUUUUUGUUGUGUGCUGUGCUAAGUAAUGCAUUGCACUUAUUGUAUUGCCUGGGCUUCAGUAGUGUGUUGUAGUGUGUUGUGUGUUGGAUGUCUGGAUGUACAGGGUGAUGAUUAAUUUCCCUUUACAGGGAUUAAUAAAGUCAACCAACCAACCAACCAACAAACCCCAAAAUUUGAACACCAGGUUAGUCGAGUUAAGUUCUGUUUUAUUAAUAAUACUAAUAUUUAUUCUCUUGUGUGUUCUUUUUUCCUUUUUUUUUGUAUUUAAACAUGUGUAUGUUACACCAAUUCACUUUACAGCUUAAAUAAAAUAAAAUUCAACUACCAUGUUGA